AUGAAGUACAUGGAAUUUCAAGAAUUAUGGCCCUAUAAUUGCCUCCUCGACGGUUUUGACCUCGGCUGCACGUAUUUGUAUGGAAAAAUCGAAGUAUUUUCAUGCAAACAAACCUCGCAAGACAAAAAGCUUACGAAAGAGAUUGAGAGUAGGAGAAGAAACAAUAGUAAUGCAUCUCCCGCCACUCUCAUCCACCAUCAUAAUUUGAAUGGUAAUCACCACCCAAACAACAACCAUUCAUCGUCGUCGACGCUUUCACAUUCCUCCACGACAUCACCACAAACUAUCAGUAUGCCCAGUUCCAAAGCUAUUGCCAUCUCACCCAAGCAACAAAUCGAUAUUUUGUCUCCACCUGCGUUGAGUCCUCCUGCUUUCUAUGACCUGACGACGCAAUUCAACGAUGACCCAUUUGGAGAGGAGAAACGCCAAACAUUUGUUGACUUGAUUGCUACUCUCAAUAACUCAUUCCCUGAUUAUGACUUUAGAAAUGUCAAACCAGAAUUCUUCGUCAAACUCAAUCUCCAAGAUGCCAUCUUCACCAUAAAUAAUUCUCUUCAUGAUUUGUAUGAGAAUGAACAAUUCAGUUCUCUGUGGUCAACCAUCAAUGAAAUUAUUGACUUGAAUCAUUGCGAAGUUUACAGCUAUGUGCCGGACCAGAAUUUGGAUGAUCCAUUUGCUGAUCCGUUGAGUCUGGGUGGCUCCAAGUUGUGGACUUGGAAUUACUUCUUUGUGAAUCGCAAGCUCAAGCGCCUCGUUUUCUUUACAGCCUAUGGAAAAAGUAAAGCGAGUACGCUCGAGGAUGAUGAACGUGAAGGCAUGAUGGUUGGAGAUCAAUAUGACGAAGAAGAUUAUUUCUAUUCCAAUCCAAAGAAUGCUAAUGUGCAUUACCAAGACUAUGAAAAUGAUUUUGAUGAAGAGAUGGUCGAUGAUUUUGAUGAUGUGUAG